GGCACAGGGAGGGUUGUCUCCCAGUUUUUGACAACAUGAGGAGAUAUUUGAUGAUAAAAAAGAUUCCUUUGCCGUGGUGGAGGAGGGACAACACGCAGAAUGAGACCAGUCCACUCAUACCAAAGGCAGGCUCUGCAAAAGAGGAUGCUGCAGAGCUUGGCCAUGUCACCAGUGAAUUUCACCAAGCAGGGACAAACAAUGAACAGGACCAUGACAGCCCUGUAUUCACAAGGAUCCAACCCAACUACAGUUAUUCUUUGAUGGACUACUUCCUUAAAUAUUUCCUGUUCCUGUGCAAUCUGGUGUUCACAGUCCUGGGCCUUGUGGUUCUCGGCCUGGGUAUGUGGGGCCUCAUCAGCAAAGAAUCGUUUGCUCAGGAGAAGAUCGGCAGCAUCGGCACCGACCCGAUGCUGAUACUUGUGACUCUGGGCUUCGUGCUGACCAUUCUCUGCCUGUCGGGCUGCGUGGGCGCCUUGAGAGAGAACUGCUGCUUACUAAAGCUGUUCUCUGCCGCGGUGCUGGUGCUCAUCACAGCCCAGGUGCUGGCUGCCAUCUUGGCCUACAGUCUGCAAGAUCAGAUUGGGGGCUACCUGCGGUCUGGGAUGUUAGCUGCCAUGGCACGCUACCAGGAUGAUCUGGAUCUGAGGUUCAUCACGGAUGAGAUUCAGUCAAAUCUGCAGUGCUGUGGGGCAGAUAACUACCGUGACUGGGAGGUCAACAUAUAUUACAACUGCUCAGCUCCAGGAGUGCUGGCCUGUGGUGUCCCUGCGACGUGCUGCGUUGACCCUCUAGAAAACGGCACAGUGUGGAACUCCCAGUGUGGCGUUGGAGUCCAGCAGUUGGACGAGUUUACUGCUCAGAGUGUGAUCUUCCUGGGUGGCUGUCUUGGGGGGAUCUCGCGCUGGAUCGAACAGCACGAAGGCCUGAUAGGAACGGUUAGCAUUGUCGUACUGGGGGUCCAGAUUGUGAUUCUGUUUAUCACUACAAGACUGCUGGAAAGCAUCCAGUGGCAUAAAGUUUAUAUGUGACGAAUACAACUGUAUAUCUAAUGACUGCUGACUGCUUUUGGAUUCUGGCCUUGUUCAACUUGAUUGCAAACACUCAGAUUACUGUGUCUGUUUUGCCAAAGGAAAAGAAAAAUAACUAAUCAUUUUAAAAUGUCGAGUUGGCUGACCAAAGUGCGUUAUUCUGCAGGCAAAAAUCCCUGUCCUGGUUCAG